AACGCGAACAAUGAUUUACAUUUUAGCCUAGCAAAAUCGGAAUUCGCAAUUCAUUUUUUGUUUCGCCGACGGCGUAAAAACGUUUUUUGCAACAUGUCGUCAACAUUUGUGUGUCAUAUACAGAGGGAAAAACAAGUUUUUGGAUAGCCGACAUCUCGACGUCCCAGAAGUACAGUCGAGAUUCAUCUCUGUCUGAAGUCUGUUGAGCCAUUAAGUGGUGACUAAGAACUAUUCAACUGACCCACACUACUAGUUCCCGACUAAAUCUAACUAUAUUCAAAGAUCAUUCAAUUGUGCACAUCGUCAAGAAAAAGUUAAAUUCUACGUUGACUGCACUGCUUAACCGAUUGUCUGCAUAAGGUAUGGGUUGUAUCCAAUUACACUAUAUUUAACUGUAGCAUACUACGUUUAAUUACAAUUUAUUUAACUGUCGAAAAAAUAAAUAGUUUAAUUGGUAUCGGAAUCUCUUUAAAAUAUUGUAUUUUCUAUUUUUUAAAUAAUAUGAACGCCAUAUGAAAUUACCGGUUUUGUUAAAUACAUUAUGCACAGUAGCAUUAUGUAUGUACUAUAUAAUUCGCAUUGAGUAAGUAUAAGGACAUUUGUCCUGAAGAAGGUCGUAAAAGGGACCAAUGGCGUUAUAUGGCAGUGAAUAAAAGUAAUAAAAAUAUUUUCAACUAAUCAGUUAUGUUUUUUGUUUCAUUUCAAAGAUGGAAGGAUUUGUGGUCAAGGACACUUGCGGUUAUGACUCAACCGAUGACGUUAGCCCAUCUGCGAGACGCAGCGUAGAAAUGGAUUUGGUAGCGUAUGAUUCGUCUCCUCGUUCCAAUGGGUCUUACCGCAGUACAAAUAACGAAUAUGAAUCGACCGGCAACAAGGGCAACUACUGUAGAAAUAAUGGUGGUACGUUUUCCGAUACAGACCGCGGUAGAGAACGCGGCCGCAGUGGCGAUUAUAACCAAAAGAGUAGGCGCGAUAGAAGUUCUAGUAGACAUAGGAGUAGGCGACGGAGUAAGCAUAAGAAACACCAUAGAUCGAGGAGUAGGAGUAGGAGUAAAUCUAGAUCGCCCAGGCGCAGGGGUAGAUAUUCUCCGGGAGAUAGGGAUUCGCAAACGAGCCAGUACAGUAGCGACGAAGAACGGCGGAAACGGCGUUCGAGGAGUGCCGAAGGCUCUGAAGGUCACAAAGUCAGGAACAUAUAUUCUGAACAGUCUUCCAGUAGUCGUCGAUAUUACGAUACGGCCGAUACAAGAAGGCACCAGGACUCGUCGCAAGAGUAUUACCGCGAAGAAGACUUUGACAGGUACACGUUUAAAAAGCAAAUACCCAACAAGACCAUCAUUAUCCGAGGGUUGGCACCGCACAUUUCUGAAAACGACAUCAGAAAGGAGAUAUUGAAGUGCGGGCUCACUCCGGUCGACAUAAGACUGAUUAGAAAAAAAGACACCGGUUCGUCCCGCGGAUUUGCGUUUGUGGAAUUUUUCACAAAGGCCGAAGCCGAAACCCUAAUGGAAUCCAAACAAGGAGAAAUGAUGUUGAGAGACAAUUUUCGCGCCAUCAUGCAGUAUACGAUUUCGAAAAUCGACCCGGAGAAAAUGCUGACCGAUUGGUGGUGCAAGUGCAACGCUCACAAUUUCAAACGCAGAGAAAGCUGUUUCGUUUGCGGUGCGUCCCGGGAGACCGGCGAGAUAUUCGAUCAUUCCAAGGAAGUCAGCUCGUUCCCUACACAUACGGUGCUAUUGCGGGGAUUGGACAUACUGACCACCGAGGAAAACGUGCUGAAAGCGAUACAGACCCUGUCGACGUUACCGAUUCGCAGCGUGCGUAUCGGCCGAAAUCCUGUGACGAACGUGUCCAAGGGCAUUUGUUAUUUGGAAAUGAACAACGUGGUGGACGCAAUGUACCUGCACAACGCGCUAGUCGUAGAGGAUCCGCUGCUGAUCGACGGCAAAGAAGUGCUGGUCUCCUAUUGUAAGCUCACACCAGUGGGACCGGUCGCCACCGCUUCCAUGGGAAAUGCCGCGGUGGAAGCGGCCAAGUGGAGCAACCAAAAGCCGGACACUCCCGGUUACUCGCCGGCCGAUAUUCCUAAGCUGGCCGAGUACAGUGCAAACAUGUACGCUAAGACUCCGGCCGAACGCGCGUCGUACACACAAUACUACACCAAUUAUUAUAUGGAUAAAAUACAAAAGGGCGAGUCGAUAUCUCUUCCCAACAUGUCGGCGACACCGCCAGCAGCCAUGACGGCGGGCGCUGUUGUGAUGCCUCAAGUCGUACCAACGAUGACCGCGGCCAAACCCAACGUGCCUCUCAGCCAACCCCCGUCCGGCAAAGGCGAAACUACUUACCCUCCGCCCGACGUGUCCACGUAUCAGUACGACAGCACGUCCGGAUAUUACUACGACCCGUACACGAAGCUCUAUUACGAUGCAAAUUCUCAGUAUUACUUUAAUCCGUCGACCAACAACUUCGUGUAUUGGGACGGCACGAGGAAAACAUACUUGUUGGCGCCUACCAACAAUAAGGACGGAGCCGCCGCCGUCGCCGGUGCGGAAACCGCCAAGGAAGAGACGACGGCGUCGGAAGAAAAGCCGAAAGACGACGACAAAGUGAAGGUGGCGAAACGCAUAGCAAAAGACAUGGAAAAAUGGGCGAAGACUUUAAAUCAGAAAAAAAUAACGGCCAAACAGAGUAUGGUGUCCCCUCAGGUAGCGUCGCAAGCGGCCCGAAUGCAAGCUGCAGCCGACAUUGGAUACACGGUGAUGGGAUCAAAGGCGGCCGACAAGAGAUCUUUCGCCGCGACCGUUGCCGCUCCGGCGCCCCCAGAAGACGCCAGUGACAACGACAAUGAUGUGAUGGAAGAGGCCAACCGCGACGAAGACGAACAGCACACGGACUGGAACAAACUCGCCUGUCUGCUGUGCAAAAGGCAAUUCGGCAGUAAAGACAUAUUGAUAAAGCAUCAGCAAAUGUCGGAUCUGCACAAACAAAAUCUGAAAAACUGGUACAAGGAGAGAGGUUUGGAUCCCGACGACGAGUCGAUGCGCGUAAGCCAGUACAGGGACCGAGCCAAAGAACGCCGGAUGAAGUACAACGAACCGGACAAACCGAUAAACCACUUGAAAGACAAAUACAUGAAAGCUAAAGAAGCCAGUGUGGAUUACGAACAACCUACCAAGUUGGGAAUCGGAUCCGACAAUAAAGGCAACAGGCUGUUGCAAAAAAUGGGAUGGCAAGAAGGAAUGGGUUUAGGCAAGACGAAUCAGGGACGGACUACUAUUAUAGAAGCCGAAGGUCGACUGGCCAAUGCCGGACUCGGCACUAGGGCAGUGGGAGUGGUUCCCGGGCCUCGUGAGACUUACAAAGAUUGUGUGAAGAAGAUGAUGCGUUAUAGGUAUAAUGAAUCGGAUCCAUAAUUUUCCAUGUGAUAAUAAUCCAGUGGCUUCUUCACGUGUGACCCCCUCGUUAUCCCCCUUCUAUACUCAAUGUUAGUUAGGUAUUACACAACAAUGAUAAACAUUUUAUAUUUUCAUAUAUUGUUAUUAUGAAAAUAAACGCGUAAUCCUUUUACGUUUUCAAAAAAAAAAAACAUUGUGUAAGUAUAAGUAUUGUAUAAGAUAUUCAAAUUUGACCAUCAACAAAAUAGUUUAUAUUGUACUGUGUAAUUUAAUUUCUUCGAAUUAGUUAUGGACUUAGAAAAUAAUUGUAGAUUUUUAAAUGAAAAACUGAUUAAUACUUUUACGACAUAUAUCUUCUAAGAUUAUUCUUCAAAAAAUAUGCUUAGUUCACUUUAAAUAAAUAAUUAAUAUUAUUAUUACAUGCGACUUAUAUUUAUAGUACAUUUUUUUUAUCAAGUGUAUAAAUAAAACACAAUAUAUUACAAUAUCGUCUUACUCUAAUGAACGGUAAUUUUUGUUUGUAAAGAAAUUGUCUUUUUUUUACUUUAAUUAUUUUGAUUAUUUUAUAGUACAACUUUUUACGUUUAUUUAAUAAAGAAACAUCGGACAAGUCAAUACUUUUAUUUACUCAAGUUAUACACUUUGUAAAAAUGAAUUGUUUAAUUAGCAAUAAUACAGUGUUUAUGUAUAUAUUUUUUAAUUUAAAUUAGUUUUCGACGAGAGUCCGACCGGGCAACCAAUGGAAUCUGAAUAAAAUGGGAAUAUUAAAAUUAUUUAAAUUUUUUUAGUCAAUUAUAACACCUGUAAUUUGUAAUUGAUGGGUUUAAUUUUUUAUGACUUUUAAAAACCGGUUGUUUUCGUAGUAACUAUACGAUAGUCUCGGUUGUAUUGAGUUUAAGUUCCACUCAAUAUGUUAGUAGUAUAAUCAUGAUAUUAUUUUCUAUUAAAGUAAUACAGUUAUUUUGUUUUAAUGCAUUAAUUAUGUUCUUCCAUUAUCGCUGCUAAUUUAGUUAAAACAUUUUAAACCGUUUUUUUACAGACAUUACGUAUUUUGUUUGUGCAUAAA